GCCGUAAAGGUGUCGUUCGUCCGCCGCGGACAGGUACGGUGGUGUCGGCCACCGGGACACCGCGGCGACCCACCAUGGUCGGCAGGGUUUUCUUUAUGUAGUGUGUGUGGUCGAACGGGAUGCCGCAGAGGUUUCCGCACUGACUGCUGCGCUGCGCCGACCGUGCCGGAGCCGGAGCCCAUGGAUGUAGCCUAGCAACCUGCUAGCAGCCACGGAGAAAGGUAGCCAUUGUUUGAGUUGUUGGCUAACAUGGCAACGAAAAGCUAAGGCUAGCAGCGGCGCUUAUGCGGGCUGUUGUGUCGUUGCCAGAUAUACUGCUGUGGUAAUCCUGCGGGAUGUGUGUCCAUCGUGAGGCUAGCGAGCUGUCCCUCUCUCCCUCACUUUGGGCCACUCCUCCACCAUCUUCCUGAAGUCUCCCUGUCCCGACCCUCAAAGAUGACAGAUCGGAAGGAGCCGCCUUUCUUCAAUGACGACAGCGUGGGGGCUUUUCAGUAUAGGCUCUCUUUCUACGACACCAUGGAGCUCUUCAUCGAGACCUUGACGGGGACCUGUUUCGAGCUGCGGGUGUUGCCUUUUGAGGCUGUCGUUUCAGUUAAAGCAAAGAUCCAGAGGCUGGAAGGUAUUCCUGUUGCCCAGCAGCACCUGAUCUGGAACAACGUGGAGCUGGAUGAUGAGCACCGUCUACACGACUAUGGCAUUGCAGAAGGCUGCACUUUAAAACUGGUGCUGGCUAUGAGGGGAGGCCCAAUUAACACCAGGAGAGUAACAAUGGAGGAGCCCGUCAAAGACGUUGCUGACCUGAUGGAGGGUGCCAAGGUCGAAGGCUGGGAGAAAAGCCCGACUAGCAAGCAGGUCACGUUCGUGGUGUACCGUGAGGGCGACCAGCUGAAUUUCUUCCGGGUGAUGGACCGAGGUGACGGCACCCUGACACCUCUGUCUGAAUCUCUGAGCGGCGGCUCCAUCUACAACGUGUACACGGACGAGGAGGACAGCGAAAGCUCUGCAGCCGCACAGCAGAGCUUCGAGAACGCCAUCACCAUGAGCAAAAUGAAAUUACUCAAAGCAAAGAUGGAGGGCAUGAACCUCAAUAAGAAGAAGUCUGCAAAGUUAAAACCACGGGCCCCAGUCGGCCCACAUCCCAGCGGCGGCUCCCACGGACCUUCAAGCACAAGACACCACCAUCGCCUCUUUCGCUCGCUGUCACAGAUGAACCAGCCUCGGCAUUCAAGCACCCCACUACCUCCUAUUGUAGACCACGAAUCAGUAGACCCCUCUGCUGCUGUGACCUCGGCCCACCUGUCCACCCCCAGGCGGCCUCCCCCCUCUUUCCGUUCGCCCUCUUGUUUCAUGCUUCAGGAGGAGGAGCCGUGGGAGCCAUGCCAAACUUUUGCAAAAAUCCGCCCUCCUUCCAAAGUGUCCCGGUUUGAAAUGGGCAACAAGAGGUUGAUGAGGGACUGUGUGUAUCCGCAGCUGCCCCCGCUGUGUAUUAGAGGGGUGCCCGAAGCCACCUUUGACCCAGUCGAGCCUAACGGGGAGGCGUUCGGGCUGGGUCUGUUGGAGGAGUCUGUUGGUCUGGUGGGGCCAUCGCAGGCGCCGUUUGGGGACCUGUCGGACCCUCUGGUCCUGGACGUUUCCACCCAGCCGGAGGACGGAUGCCAGCCCCUCGACGUCGGCGCGCAGCACCAGCUGCCCCACUCACCGUCUCCACUCAGCCCUUGGACACUUGGAGCAAGCGACACUCUCACCAGCAGAGCCGACGGACCGCAGCUCGGCACGUCUUUUCACAUCAGCCCUCCCUCCCCGUUACCAGCGGCCACGUCGACGUCAGCCAGGCUGAUGUCUCAGCCUUUUGAUUCCACACUCUCCUUUCUACAGCCCAACUUUCAAGCACAAAGCUCCGUGAAGCCAGACAGCACAUCUCCCCAUCGCCCCGCCGCCCUGUCCACUCCCUCACCUCGUCUCCGAUGCGUUAAAGUCGAGUCGCCGGGCAAAAGGCCAGAGCUCAUUUCAAAGAGAGAAGCGCGAGGCAUCACCAAGAUUGCGAACCACGCCUGUAAGGAGCCACUGGGGUGUCUGAACAACUCCGAGCUCUUGGCUUCUUUCUCCACAAGGACUCCAGACAACAGCAGGGAUCACCUGGAAGAGAGUCUGGGACUUGCGCUGCCUGCCGCCACUGCCUCAGGACAGAGCGGCCUCGGCUCCAGGCUGCCAUGCAUCCCCUCCAACAGGCUCCUUCAGGAUGAACUCAUUAGACAAAUGUCACCCUUGCACCGAGCAGCUGCCUCUUACAUGUUGUUUCCUCAGACCACCAACACUCUUGCAUCAGUAGGCGGCGUCCUGACCCCGUUUGGGACAACAGGCGCUCCAGCGUACCACCUACCUCCAGUCAAGGCCCCCACAGGCGCCAAGAAGAAGAGCUCCAAGCACUGCUUCCUCUGUGGCAAGAAGACCGGGCUGGCCACCAGCUACGAGUGCAGGUGCGGCCACAACUUCUGCGCCACCCACCGCUACGCGGAGACGCACGACUGCACGUACGACUACAAGAGCACCGGCCGGCGGUUCCUGCAAGAAACGAACCCCCUCAUCAGCGCUCCCAAACUGCCCAAGAUAUGAGCCCUGCUGCGACCGCUGGCCUGUCCCUGGAGCCGCAGACGGUCCGACGUUUCAGUGCAACGCAGAAUCCGAAACACCACUUUGUGCUCUUUUUUUCUGUUUAUUAGCCAAGUUCACUUAAAGAUUAAGAUGAGAUGCUCUGUAAAAGCCAGGCGUGGACUGAAGUGGUACAAACUAAUUCUCUCCUCUUGACAAUGUGAAAAUAUUUAUCCUUUAUAUCUGUUACUGUUACUUUUUUCUUUCUAUUUCCAUUGCCUAAAAACAAAACUAAAAAAUCCUCUGCAUGUAUAUAGGUAGGUUUGCUCGGUAUAUCAGCUGCACGUUAAGACAUACGUUCCAGUCUUGAUAGCCUUUUUUUUUUUUCUUUUUUUUUUCCUCUUUCAUUUAAGUCGACAAGUCUUUGACAGAUGCACUUUAGAGCGAUCAUAUUUAUACGUCAUUUUAACGGGGCGGGACGCUGCUUUCAUUUCGGUGUUUGUCUCAUUCAGUGUUCAUGUUAUUCAGAUUUUUAUACCGUGCACAUGAAAGCAUUUUUCCUGACAUAGGCACAUACAGACAUCACUAAUGAAAUCUUUCUUAAGAGAACAGUACACCCCAUGUAUUGACGAAAUAUUUAUUGAUGAAUACUUAUUUAAAUUAACGGUUGGUUUUUUGACAUAGCAAGUAUGCAAUGUGUGUAGGUGUGAAUGUCCGUAUGUAACGUCUGUAUGCCUAUCGAGUAAAUUGUAUUAGGACGAGGGGGGGGGGUUAUGGUAUUUAUGAUGUGUCUACUGUGAGGUGGUUGCCAUAAAAAUCUUUUUUAAGUCUUUUUUUAUUGCUGAGUUGUUGCGAAAACUUUAAAUGCUGUUGAAGUAUCUCCAGGGGUUUGAUCUAAUAAAGUUUCUUUCCAUACUUA